AUGAAUCCCAAUGCAAACCAUAUUUUCGGCGCCGAGGUAGACAACAGACCACGCAGUGUGCCCAAUGCUACAGAACACGGGAACAACGCUCGUAUCGGCAACACGAACGAGUCUGAUGCGGCCGCUGGCCAAGAGCUUACCGAAGAAAGACUAAAGCUCAACAACUCAAACCGCGAUCACGGAACCACCUUCUGCCAACAAGUCUUGAAAGCCAUCAAUUGCCAACGGGCUGGGCUCGAAUCUAACAUCGACCUACCAAUCGAAUGCUAUAUGCCACAGAAGUCCCAACUUAGCGAAUGGAUUAAACAACAAGCACGCUUUGGAUUCUGGGGACCCCUCGCUAAUGCAGCGGCUAGUAUCGGCGCAGAGCAGAUCCUCGGGUCAACUGGCACCGACAUGGAAACCGCGUAG